AUGAACCAGGUGAAAAAUGGCUUGAGAGUUGUAAAUAAUUUUUCGCGAAUAAGAAGGUGUUUCCCAAAAUCCAAAAUUUUGAAAGACACACCUCAAGAAAAAAACAACAUAGGAAGAAGGCCGAAAGAAAGGAAGUACUUCCUAUGCUGCUGGCCCUUCAAGAAAGAAAACAAAAAGAACAAGGGAAUUGAAGCUUUGAUUAGAGAAGAAACUCUGGACUCCCUCAUGCUUGAAAAAAAAUCUCCUCAGACUAAAGAGCUUAAUUCUCCAAUGCCAAAGAUUCCUCCUUGUAUUGGUAUUGUACACGAUGAGCCAUGGAGUGCUUCAAUCGAGAAGAUUCUCGAGAUUAAUUUGAUUGAUAAAGUUCUAGAAUCGACUAGGUAUCCCCUUCACGAGGUCAGGCAAGAGCAUACACAUUCCUCCCCUGCUCCAAGGUCUUCAACCCCUUUUUUGAGAUCCUAA